AUGCUCCUGAGACGUGUGAGCGGUGAAGAAAAGUUUCAAGAACAAGUAUCACAACAACAGAACAAGUAUCACAACAACAGAACAAGUAUAUCACAACAACAGAACAAGUAUCACAACAACAGAACAAGUAUCACAACAACAGAACAAGUAUCAACAACAAAAAGAUCAUAUCACAACAACAGAACAAGAACCAACAACAGAACAAGUAUCACAACAACAGAACAAGUAUCACAACAACAGAACAAGUAUCACAACAACAGAACAAGUAUCACAACAACAGAACAAGUAUCACAACAACAGAAUAAGUAUCACAACAACAGAAUAAGUAUCACAAAAGAACAAGUAUCACAACAGAACAAGUAUCACAGCAACAGAACAAGUAUCACAACAACAGAACAAGUAUCACAACAGAACAAAUAUCACAACAACAGAACAAGUAUCACAACAACAGAACAAGUAUCACAACAACAGAUCAAGUAUCACACCAACAGAACAAGUAUCACAACAACAGAACAAGUAUCACAACAACAGAACAAGUAUCACAACAACAGAACAAGUAUCACAACAACAGAACAAGUAUCACAACAACAGAACAAGUAUCACAACAACAGAACAAGUAUCACAACAGAACAAGUAUCACAACAACAGAACAAGUAUCACAACAACAGAACAAGUAUCACAACAACAAGGGAUACAUUUAAUAAUUCAGUAACACAUGUAGGUAACUUUACACAGGUGCUCAAGAAACACAUGAAACUCAAACACGGGGAAGUUAUAACGUCUUAG